AUGAUCGAUGUCACCGACCCCUGCUUCCUGCGCCUUCUCCGGCUAAUCUCGCCGCACGGCAACCACGAGCUGUGGAGCGAAAUGGUCCAUGCGCGCACGUUCUCUCACGGCAAAAUGCACCUCGACGCACAAAAGCUCGCGCAGCACAUCCCGACCCACGAGCUCCCAAGCUUCGCGCACGGCACCGUGGUCCAAAUCGGCGCGUCCUCGCCGGCGGACGCGGCCGUUGCCGUGGCGGAGCUCGGGCGACUCGGCGUCCGCCACGUCAACCUGAACUGCGGCUGCCCCUCGCGCAACGUGCAAAUGGGGUCCUUCGGCGCCGUGCUUAUGACGCGGCCGCAGGCGGCCGGCGACAUUGUCCAGGCAAUGGUGGACGCAGCCAGCGAUUGCAGCGUGCAUGUCAGCGUCAAAUGCCGCAUCGGCAUUGACGCCGACGAGUCGCCCGAGUUUCUCCGCCGCUUUAUCGACAGCGUGCUUGGGCCUGGGCGGCCGGUCUCGCUGGUCCUGCAUGCGCGGCGCGCGUGGCUCAGCGGGCUUUCGCCCGAGCAGAACCGCAUUGUGCCGCAGCUCAACCACGUGCGCGGCCGCGAAAUGGCAGCCGCAUACCCACAGACGCGCAUCACGGCCAACGGCGGCAUUGGCACUGCCGCGGCCGUGCACGAGCACCUGCUGUGGGCGCACGGCGCCAUGGUUGGCCGCAAGGUGCGCGAGGACCCGUGGUUCCUGGCGCUGCUCGACCGCCAAGUCUAC